UUGUUAAUUUGGUUAUCCUUUCCUCUUGCUGCAAUAUCAUAUUGCUUUUGAGCAAUUAUACAUACACUAUAUGCGUAUCUUUAGCAAAUGUGACUCGUUUGUGUGAUCUGCUCAUUUCAUCCCCCAUCGACAGCUCCUUUCUGCUACAGUGAUAAACUCCCUCCCGUGUUUUUUUUUUUUUUUCUUUUUUCAAAAAAAUCUGAUUUAUCCGAAUAACUUCCACUCUCCCCCCUUCUUCCACGCCUACUUUUCGACUUCAAAUUGAUGAAUGGUCCAAAGGGAGGAUAGUGCACACUCUUGUCCCAUCUGUUCCAUGUAUCCUCGACCCUAGUGACUCUACGUCACCCCGGGCACAGAACUGGCGCAGGCCACUUAGGCUAGUUUAGUUUAGUUAGGCUACUUUGGCACAGAACUGUUCUGUGCUCGCCACAGCUGCUACUCAUUUUGAGCCCGGGCACCGUUCACAGCUUUCGCAAAUACGCUCGUUUGUACUUCAGUAGUAAAAAGGUAGUAAAAACAUCCGUGCGCUAUACCGCGUGGUCUCGCCACUCUUGCACUGCUUUCCUCGCAUUGUCUUUGCGAUGACUACUCCGAAAUCGGCGCAGUUAAUGUUUCGGGCUUUUUUUUUUAUUUCUCCCAGACUCUCCUAAUUUUGGAAAAGCUGGAAACUCCGACAAACGGCCUCCGAAUUUUUCAAAAUGAAAACUCCGAAGAAUCGAUAACCCUACGUUCAUCGUGGACGACGCAUGCUGGUUGCUUCCCCGAUUUUUUUUUUUUUUUAUUCCUUUGGCAACAGUUAAGUGUUCCGUCGCUUCUUUCGGAUGAAUCCAUUCAUCCAUGAAGCAUCAUCUUCACCCGUGAUCUCUGAGACGGCCUCAUCCAUGUCCCAACGUAUCCCUUUCAUUUUCCCAGGUCAUUUUAGGCUCCACGCUCUGUAGAUCAGGGUGUCGAACCGAACCCGAACCCGAACCGAAAUUUUCAUGACACUGUUGAACCCGAACCGGAGCAGAACCGUAAAAAAUAAUAGCGGUAACCGGUUCGCAACAAAACGGUUCGGACAUAAAAGAAGUCAGCAUAAGAAUUCCUCUCUAUCCCCGAACGAAGACACAUUGGUAUCAUCAUCACGCGCCUAUAUCAUGGAUUUCAGAAAUUUUCACUUAGCAGUGAGACGACGACGUAUUUCGUCGUAUACUUUCAGCGUCGUAGUGAAGCAUACUUUCAGCGUCUUUUUAACAUGUUGAAGCGCAGUUGUCCUUGUGAGCGCCGCGGCUAGCGCCCCACGCACGCGGUGCGGCAUCUACUCUUCAGAGACGAGGUGCCACGCGGACGAAUGAAACAGGAAUGGAGUAGGCCAGUUAUGUAGCUCUACAAGCCGAAUUUGCGAUCAAAUAAGCGCCCAAGAUUUCCCGUUACACGUGAGCAGUACAAAUUAAACAAGUCAGAAACAUCAGGAGUGGAGAAGGAGCGUACGCAGAACGGUGCCUGUUUGAUUGGUCGUGGCUUGAAAAGUAAAUGUGGUUCUGCUUAUUGGUAGUGCAGUUGUGUCGUGACAUAUUGCCUUUGUGUUGUGGAUUAACUAGUACACUGCUGUGAGCUCGGACAGAGUAAUGCUUGCAGGCUUAUUUUCGACAUGCUUCAGUACGGUUUUAGAUCGAUUCACGUUGCGAAGGCAGUGUGCCGGCUAGUACUGUCGUCUAUGUUACGCUGUCCAUCUUAUUAGGCUUCCUUUAAGUGUAUCUUGCUGACACUGUGCGUGUGAAAAAAGAAAUUUUGGGAACAGAAAGUAGCAGGACUACACCGCUUCAACAGCGUGGACUCUAUUUGCAAUAAGUGUUCAUCCAUUCCUCAUUUCUCUCGCUAAAGGGCUACCUCACCGCUAGAGACGUCAAUGCAGACAACAGCAGUAAGCUAUUAGCCACGCAUUUCCUGAUAAAAGCUGUUUUAUGGAACAUAUAAAACGGAAGCGUUGAACCGGUUCGCGAACCGGUUCGGGGCUGCGAACCGGUUCGAUUCUUGGCGUGGCCGAACCGGAACCGAACCGGAACGAAAUCAAAACAACGUGAACCCGAACCGAACCCGUAUUUUUUGCGGUUCGACACCCUGCUGUAGAUCCGUCGUACCGGCCGAUGUGUUUCGACACAAUAUGAAACAUUGUCGGUGGUGGAACUAAGCCAUGCAUACCCGCUCGUCUUGUACGUGUAGGAGAUGUUGUGGUUGUGGAAAUACACGCUGUUUCUACCCUUCCAGGACAGUUUCUACUUCGCCGUCUAUUAAAAAAUUGCUAAGUACAAGGUUCCCUGGACUAUAGGAAAGGUCACCUUGGGGGCUCACAGGUACAAAAAAACAACUGAUAAGACAUUGAGAACGCACGAAGGCAUCACGUGAAAUGCCACUCAAAGCGGCUCACAGGUACAAAAAAACAACUGAUAAGACAUUGAGAACGCACGAAGGCAUCACGUGAAAUGCCACUCAAAGCGGCUCACAGGUACAAAAAAACAACUGAUAAGACGUUGAGAACGCACGAAGGCAUCACGUGAAAUGCCACUCAAAGCUUAUCGCGCCUGCUUUGUGAACACCAGAGAGCUAGUACAAGCAGCCAAGCAGCACAAUGUACUGAGAGUUGAGUGCGAUAGGCCUGUUGCGCUGGAGUUUUUCGAAGAGCCAGCUAGCGACAGACAUGCAAACUAGUCCCUAAUUCAGCGGCCUCCCGUGUUUACAUUUUUGCGUAAUUUUCCUGCAAAUGGGAAGAAGCGCAAGAGGACGAAAACAUCGCAAUAUUAAAAUUUAGUUGUUAUUCUUGUUAGGUUGUAGCCACAGCUAGAGUAGUUCAGAAGAUAAACUUGUCUCUAGCCUUACCAACAAACCUUGCGAAAGGUGUCGCAGCCACCGUUGGAUUAGUGCUGUUUGCCGUAUUGAUAUUAAUGUUUACAAGAUUCUCAAUGGAAUGACUCCAGCUACCUUUAUCCAUGAUUCAGACAAGACGUUUCACAUGUCAUUUCGCACACAGCAGUGCUGCACAUCAGUAAAAAUGACAGAAAGGUCCCACACGGAGAAAUCGCAUCAGGCCCAGCACGCCCGACAGCGGAGAACUAGGAAGUUAGUCGUGUCUGGGCGCCCGUGGCGCGUGUGUCGGGAAAUCGCAGAGCCGCCUGGUUAGUGCAACAGGCCUAUACGGGUGGACGGUGGAAGAAAGGACGCCAGUUCUAGGAGAAGCGCAUGGCGGCACACUGAAAGGAUGAUGACUGGUGGUAUCGCCGCGUGAUCUGUACCUGAGACAAAUCUGACGUCAUAGAGGACAGAAAAGGAAUGUAUCGAGAAGAAUGGCUUCGUCAUCCGGAUUUGAUUUCAAAAUGGAACGGUCAGAGCAGUGUAAAGAUAUCAGGAGGGCAAUGCACCAAGCCAUAUUGCACACAGACAGGAUUCGCGUUCUUCGGUGCCUCGACGCCGUGCCUGCACUCAGGUUGUGGCUGGACCCCGAGCAAGAUAUAUCAGCCUGUUGCAGGGCGAUUCAAGAGGAAGACUUCUAUAUUCACUGUCUACUAAUAUCACGUAACUGUACCAUCCAAGAAACCGAAACGUCGUGUUACAACACCCUCGACCCCACUGAACGCGUUGAUCCCUGUAUUGAAUAUCUGACACUCAAAAGUCGUAGCGGAAACAGUCGCGGUGGCUUACGGUUCGGGAGUAUGUUUAAGAAGCUCUUCAGUGUGGAUUUGAUACAGCCAAUUCUGAAGGCGGUGGCAACAGCGCCACACCUAGAAAUAGUAUUUGACUGCCAGAGUGAAAACGUGCGGCAUAUUACAAAGCGUACGAGUGAAUCCAACCUCGGUGUUACCUUUUCCGAAGAACAAAGGAUUUUUAUGAUGGAGUGUGGAAAAGAAGACGAAGUCUUGGGACCGCUGGCCCACGAACUGUGCCAUUUCGCGCUUCAUCUGGUGUACGGAAACAGUGGCAAACCAUAUCUUGGCUUUGAUACGGAGAGGGAACAGCGGUACAAGAGAGUCGUCGACGACGUCAGAAAGAAGAAACGAUUACACCUCAUCAUAGAACAUGCUCUUCAUCGGGAUGAGGAAGAAGAACUGAUCGUUCGCAUUCCUCACGUACUGGCUCAAUAUAGCGCAGGUCCUGGAGAUUGGAUUCUGCAACAGGAAGUACCGGAACUAUAUGGUUUCUUUAAGGACUUUGUCGUUCCAGACAUGCAGAUGUACAUUCACAACAGGACCUCGUUGACGGAUUUUCGCAAAAUCGAAACUGAAAAUGCGACGUUACGAAAAGCUUCCGAAACAGCCAAACUCAAACUCGCGUUCAAGGAACCACUUCGCCUCGGCGACCUGGGAAAUGCUCCUCUUCUUAUAUUUACGAGUGCGGAACUCAGGCUUCUCGAAGUAAUGGUUCACAACGCUGUGCGGUCUAGUCUACAACCAUACUUGUUUUUCAAAGCAACCCAGUGGGACUUGAGGCUCAGAGAUGUGUUACUCGACUACAAAUGUGCAUUUGUACUCGUGACUGUAAAACUGACAAUGGACUUCCGAGAUAUCCUCGAACUUCUGGCUAGUGUUUCCUCUGUGACUGGAGUGAAAGUUAUCUUGCUUGUAGAGAAGAGCGGCGAAGAAGACUUGAUGAAUCUAGUGCGGGAAGAUACCUUCUUCGCCGAGAGACACGAAGUUCGCAGCGGCCUCUCAAUAGGCUUCGAGCACCUCACGGAGAAAUGCAAAAAAGUUGUUUUUCAAAAAUCUCGCGUAAAAUUUCAAGGGCAAGACGCUUGUGCGCUUCCAGUAGCAAUGAACUUCGACAGCUUCUUAAGUUGCGUAGACACUACGUUUUUCCUACGCAUGUGCGAAUCGAAGUACAUUGACGUGGGACCUCCUCUUCAUGAACUAGAAGAACGUGUUAAGAAUUGUUAUGUAGAACGACUGUGCACAAGGACUGCGGAAAUAGACCUGAAACAGUGUGAACUAGAUGACGACAACGAGGCUUUCUCAUUUCUCGGCUCUCCGCAUGAUCGCGUCACUAAACUUCUUCCGUGUGGUUAUGAGGCCAAAGACAUCAAUGAUUUGCAGAAAUUCGAAAAAUUCGUAGUCCUCCGAGGGUCGCGUGACUACGAAGAUCUCACGGAAGUCACCUAUUACAGAAACAAAGUAGUGCACCUACUCCAGCUGAAUGAGGAACAUAACGGACUCGUGUGGACGAAAUCAAAUGGUCGUCUCAGUCACCUUCCAAUGACCGGAAAUGACGAGUACACCUUGGAAAUGUUCUUGAAGGUGAACGAGAAGGUCGUCGUGGUUUGUGGUGCGCCCGGGAUGGGAAAGAGUGUGCUGGCAUCUCGGAUGUGCUCAGCAAUAAAGAAACAAGACUGGAAGAGGUGGGUGCUCUACGUCGACCUUCCUCAGAGAAUGGCAUCCGUUAAAGACAAACUGCCCAGUCUCACAUUUCUAGCGGAUCUGUGCCAAGUACAAACAGACGGGCUGGAGUUUGCUUUGUUCGAGGAAAGCUUGAACAACGGAAGCCCUUUCGAAGUUGUUGUCAUCUUCGACGCGUUCGAUGAAAUCAACGCGAGAUGCCGCAAAUGUGUCCUAGAUCUGGUAUCAUUUCUGAGUGAGAAGAAAGUACAUAAGUUGUGUAUAUUUACUCGUACCGUGUUCAAGUCCGAAGUGCAAGAUGCCCUGCACAUAGUGGCGUAUGAACUCGCUCCCUUUUCUGAAGAAAACCAGGAGGAGCUCCUUACGAAAUACAGGGAAGAAAGAGAACGUUCACUUACGAGGAACGCUGCAGUUUCUCCGCAGUGGGAGGGAUUGUUCACGUCCUUGAAGGAGACAAACAAAACAAUCCUCGAAUCCCCUCUCCUACUUCGCAUGAUGGCUCUGAUGGAGAGCGGGGAAAUUGCAGAUGAUUACUCUUCACUACUUAAAAUUAUUGACACCCCUGCUCGUACAAGGGUGUACCCUAUACAUAUUUACAAGAUGUUUGUAGAGUACAAAUACCUCGUAUACAGAAGAGAGAAAAGGAAAGAAAACAUCCGCCUAUAUCACGUGCAACAGGACGAAGACGACGCAAAGCCUGCGUUCUACGCAAGUCAUGGUCUGCUUGCUAUGAAGUGCGUGUUUCGUGGAGAUGAACUGGCAUCUCUGUUGAACGAGGAUGAAUUAGAAAAGUUAAAGCCCGAUGGAACUCUAUUCAAGGACCUAGCUGCCAACCGCCUUAAAGAAGGUUUUGUGAACGGAAUUAACGACGGAGUUCCAAUGUUCGUCCACAAGACUUUCGCUGAAUUCUUUGCAGCUGACUACCUCCUGCAGAAAGCAAAAGCCAGGGAGAUUCAUUAUCCAUUACUCUGGAAGAUCAUUGCGGGACCGGAUGGUACAGAAGAUUACAGUGGUGUUAGGCUGUUGUUCGAUGGGCUGGCGUCGGCGUCCUUUCCACUUCACUCUGCUAUUAUCAACAACGACACUUCGUAUUUUGGGCACCGUGUUAUCGUAAGGGAAGAUAUGUGUAAGGUCGAUGAACUCAAAAGGACUCCAUUGCACGUGGCGGCCAUGUAUGCUGAUGAAACAGUAUUGCAGAGGCUUCCAAUGGAUGAUGACCUAAUCAGACACGAUAUCUUCGGGAUGACGCCGUUCGCAUACGUGCAAAAGCUUCCAAUGAGUGACUCUUCCAAAAAGCUUGGUUGGGCGUUUUAUGCAUAUAUGUGGCGGUCAAUUGAGAUAGACAGACUUAACAUAUUAUGCACUCGAUGUAGCGAGGAAGCAGUGAAACAUUCCGACGCAAUUCUACGCACGUGUGAAACCUUGACGGAAAAGAGACGUUUUGUAGAGCGAGCAAUACUCACAGCUGUCAGACACGACCUACAGGGCGUUUUGGACAUAUACCUCAGCUAUGUGUCCCCAAUAGAAAGAACAGGAGCUUUGGACAGAGAGACCCUGGCUAAGUCGAACGCACGAAAGCUUAGAAGCCCCAGAUGCUCUUCGGAGCUUCCCGUAAUUGAGGACCUUGAUAGAUUCACAGGAAUACGCAACAGAACUGUUCCUUUCUUCGCAAAGUCCGAGGCUGUUUGCAAAAUGCUGAUUCCUUACUGCGACAUGGGAAUGAUAGACGAGGACGGCAAUACAAUGCUGCACAUUAGCGCGGAAAGGGGAAACCUGGAAACAACGAUGUUUCAUCUCGCACAUUCGUCCAUUCACGUCAGAAAUAGAAACCUUGACACUCCUAUGCACUUGUGUGCACGUGAACGACGUGCAGAGGUCGUCAAGCUGCUUCUUCCUAUUUAUGCGUCAGUGAAUGUUCGGAACUGUGAUCGGGAAACACCGAUGCAAGCAGCUGUCGGGGGAAACCCGAUGAGUAUUUUCGGUUCACCUCAAGAAACUGUCAAACGGUGCCAGUUGGAGACUGUAAAGUUGUUACUCCUGCGCAGUCGCAUGGACGACGAACGUCACGUCGGUUUUACCACCCCUCUUUGCCUUGCCUCUGUACGUGGUGCCCUUGACAUCGUGACGUUGCUUCUGCCUCACACGUCAGCCCAUACGGCUAACUACAAUGAUGUAACGUGCCUGGAUGAAGCUGCACGAUACGGAAGGUUGGACGCUGUAAGCUGUCUCAUUCCGCACUCUCCUGUCAACUCUCCCAAAAAGUUCGUAUCAUCAGCAGUGAAGAUUUGGGCAAGCUGUGGUAAAAGGAAACUGUUGCAACAUAUAUGGCCUUAUUUUCGGCACAGUGACACAAAGCAUACACCGAGGAUCAGUGAACAGUUGCUGAGUGUGAAUGGCGAUCCCCGAGGAGAAAUUUCGUGUCUGAAACUCCUCCUCCUCCUCUUAAAUGACAUUGCUGCCGAUUCUUAUGGUGAAACACUGCUACGUCACAUUGCACGGCGUAAGCUACAUCCUACGGCACAAAUGAAUUACAGGAAGCUGCUCCUGCCACAUUUAAGUCACCGCGCUAAAGAUGUUGAAGCUAAGGGAAUGCGUGAGGACGAUGGCAUGUCUGACAUCGACGAUUCGGACACGGACGAUGCAGACAGGGGAAUUGUCAACGAGGAUGACAGAUCGGUAUUGUGCUUUAAAGGAAAUGGGGGUGCUGUGGAAGCGGUGGAGUAUCACGGUUCACGCUCAUCCCUGUGUAUUACAGAUGACGCUGUGGACGCUCUACCGCUCUUGUGUGCAAAGUCUCGACACGUCGAUGCGGUCAAGUUUGUAAUUCCUUCUCGUGCUUCAGUACAUGUGCCCAAUGCGCUGCAAUAUACGCCGAUGCACACGUGCGCUCAAUAUGGACACCUGGACGUCGUAAAGGACGACGUGUUACUACUUCGCUCGGCAAUGAGGACCGCUAGCUCGAACGGUGACACGCCACUUCACGCUGCCUCUAGAAGUGGUGCCCUUCAUGUCGUGAACUUCAUUUUACCCCACUCGUUCGCCAGUAUGAGCAACUUCUCUAGUCAAACGUGCUUGCAUCUUUCCGUGCAGGGAAACAGUGUCAACAUUAUGAAAUGUCUAAUCCAACACCCCCUCGUCAAUUGUCCUGAUAUCCACGGUGACAUCCGUGCGAUAUGCGUCUCUCACGUCUCAAAGUCUCGUGAGUGAAGAACUGGUCACCUUACUGCCUUAUCUUUGUGAUCGUGAUUGCGACUGUGACGUUGCGAAUUUACCGGUGUUCCACGAUUUUCCUCGGUAUAUGGAGUUGCUUUAUGGAAGUCUUAAAACGAAGUUGUGUGCGAAACUCUUAAUACUCCAUUCACACAGGAAUGCUAUAGAUGAGUGGUGUAGAAGAGUGUUGGUCCACUAUAUGGAUGCGCAGGUAUUUAGAACACAAGACCCAAAUAUUGUGCGACCGCAUUGAGAUGUUUCCUUCUGAGGACGAUUGAGGCAUGACAGGAGAUUAUGAUCAUGUGUUUCACAUUUAUGAUACUCAUGAUGUCAAGAACCCUUGUCCACUAAAGGCACCCCGCUGAUGUCAUCCCGGGGUAUGUUCAGGAAAAGAUCGAAGCAUCAACAGUCCUACCGAUUUUCCACCAUCCUCCAAAAUAUCUAAAUUAUUGAAGAAACCGAAGGACACUGUCCUGACGAGCAUGUCUGACACCUUUGCGUUUCCCAGUAGAGUUCGCUGGAUGUGGGCCCAAAAAGUGUUCUGGAUGCGUGUCGACGCAAUAUUUUGUUGUUAUAUUGUCAGUUAUUGUAUACCUGUACCUAUUGCAUUAUGCAGCCAGCUAUAUUCAUUUAAUGUAUGCCAUAAAGAAGCGAACUAUUCAGUAACACAGAUGUAUUAGAAGCCAUGGACUGCAGCCCACGUACGAGAGCAUAUGAACAAGUGGACUAUGCAGCGAACGCACAGGACACCACAGGCCGAACUGUUUAAAUGAAAUAAAGUGUUUUUCGCAUAUUGA